AAUCACGAAACCGGAUUGGCUCCCAAAACUUUGAGUUUUGUUUUUGAAAGUUUUUGGAACCCCUUUUAUUUACCUUUUUACGAAAUUUUUGAAAUUUUUAUCGAUCGCGAUAUUCGAGUUCAAUGUUUUGCUGUUCGUGGUUUGAAAAAUCGUCUUUCUUACGAUUAUUGAUCAAUGAUCAUUCGACAUGCUGUAAUUAUAAUAAUUAACAUUGGUUUUCUUUUCCAUUUCGAAGUGUUGUAGAUAUUCUCCGAUUCUUCGUCAUCAUCAAUGGCAUAAUCUGCGAAGUAAGCAACUAAGCUUCAUUAUGGCAUCGUCAUCGUCUGCGGUAAGAAAUCCGGCGAGAUUGUCACUCAAGCUUCUACUUUUCUAUCUUUGGAGUCAGAGUUGACGAACACUAGGAUUUUUCCGUCACCGGACAUCAUAUGAUUUCGAUACGCCAGUUUGAAAUUUCAUGGACUGUUUCGUAGUCGUAGCUGAACCCUUCGAACAAUAAAUUUUCUGUUUUAACCACACUAACCACAGUUAUCGAUGCGUUUAAUUACUGGUUUAAUGCUUAUUGAAAUGCCUUCGGAACUUACUCGCUAGCAAGAUGGAUUCACUCGCCGGUCUCGGGGUUUUCACGUCGUAAUUCGCUAAACAAACCCUAAUUAUGGCAUGUUCUCUUCAUACCAAUUGUCCAACAUUUCGCGAUGAACGAGUUUUCCGACACCUGCAACAUCAUCCAUGGACUUGGAGAGCUGUCAAGUGGAAGAUAUUUUGCUACUGUUCGUGAAAUAAUGUACGAUGGUCGCUUGAGAUGGGUUGAAGAAUGCAAAUCUUGAUGAAGUAUGCUGUGAUUCAAUUGAAGUCUUUUGCUUGAAACCCCCUCCGAAGGAUGGCGUCACCAAAAGUAAUCCUAGUAAACGACAUCGAGAACGGUUGAACGCGGAAUUGGAUACGUUGGCUAAUUUACUUCCAUUUGAGCAGAACAUAUUGUCAAAAUUAGAUCGACUUUCGAUACUGAGGCUUUCCGUUAGUUAUUUAAGGACGAAGAGUUAUUUUCAAGAUACCAUGCACAACUCCAAAGAAGAAGUCGCACAAUAUAGAUCUCGAUCCGAACUCAACAUGUACGAGCACGUUGCAGUCGAUGGUGAUAUGUUCCUACAGGCCUUAAAUGGGUUUUUGGUCAUAUUAACGUGCGAAGGAGAAGUUUUCUUUGCUACACAUACUAUUGAAAGUUACCUUGGAUUUCAUCAGUCAGAUAUCGUGCAUCAAUCAGUUUACGAAUUGGUACACUCGGAAGAUCGCGAAGAACUACAAAGGCAACUGAUGUGGAAUUCAUUCCUUCCACCAGAGCAGUCCGGUAUCACGUUACAAGAAGCUAUACUGCCCGAAAAUAGUCACCUUUUAGAAAGAAAUUUCACCGUUAGAUUUAGAUGCUUGCUCGAUAAUACUUCCGGCUUUUUGAGGUUAGAUAUUCGAGGAAGAGUUAAAGUGCUACAUGGUCAAUAUCGAAAAACCGAAGAGCCCCCGCUAGCUUUAUUUGCAAUUUGUACGCCGUUCGGCCCGCCGUCCUUGUUAGAGAUACCUCAUAAAGAAGUCAUGUUCAAGAGUAAACAUAAAUUAGAUUUGUCUCUGGUUUCGAUGGAUCAACGGGGUAAAAUUUUACUCGGAUACUCAGAUAGUGAAUUGGCCAACAUGGGAGGUUACGAUCUCGUCCAUUAUGAUGACCUCGCCUACGUUGCCAGUGCUCAUCAGGAGCUAUUGAAGACUGGAGCAUCGGGUAUGAUAGCGUAUCGAUAUCAAACAAAAGAUGGGCCUUGGCAAUGGCUACAGACCAGCUCGAGAUUAGUGUAUAAAAAUUCUAAGCCAGAUUUUGUCAUCUGUACGCAUAGACCUUUGAUGGAAGAAGAAGGUCGAGAUUUGGUGGGCAAACGAACGAUGGAUUUCAAAGUGAGCUAUUUAGACGCCGGCCUAACGAACAGCUACUUCAGCGAUUCGGAUCAGCUGCUGAAUAGCUCGUCGAAUCAAUACUCUUCCUCGUCGACGCCGGUGCCGCCGCAAACGGUGACGACGAAAUCGCCGACACCUCAGCGUAUCAAUCGUCGCUACAAAACGCAACUUCGAGAUUUCGUGUCGACUUGUCGCACGAAGCGGAAACUCAACAGUCACCAUCAUCACCAUCACCAGCAGCAUAAUCACCAUCAGCCGGCGAUCGUGCAUCCGACGCCGACGACGCCGGCGGCGGUCGACUACAUAGCGGCAGCGGGCGCCGAUCCGACGGCGGCGGCGGCCGUAGCGGUGGCGUAUUCGAAUCUGAAUACGAUGUAUCCGAGCGCGGCGUAUCCCAGCGCCGGCGGCGUCACGCCGGCGGAUAAUAGUCUUUCGUACAUGGGCCACGGCGGUAACUUUCAUCAAACGUUGUACGAUAAUCGGUUACCGUACCUGACGACGACGGAUAACCUGUUCCAUCAGUACCGGCCGCUGGGCGUGGGCGUCGGCAACUACUACACCGAUUAUCAUAGUCCGGCGGCGGGCACGCCGUACGUCUCCAACGGAUUCCUAGAGAUACCGGCUCGAGCGUCUCCGUCUAGUCUGCCGACGUACGAUACCAGCGCCCAUCACCACGCCGCCUCGGCGGCCGUCGCCAUCGUGCAGGAUAACAGCAAGCUCAACGAAUGCGACAAGCUGUACUCGUGCAAUCAGUCGCUCAUCGAGCAGAAAUACUCGACGGCGGUGGCGGCGGCCGCCGUCAUGGAUAACAAUCGCUACGUAACCGGUACGAAAUGCAUCGACGUACCCAGUCCGUACAACAUGUCGUCCAUCGUUCCGUCCACCUCGUGUGGUGUCGGCGGCGGCGGCGGCAACCUCAACAGCUCAGCUCGAAUCGGCGUCGGCGGCGGCGGCGGAAUGAAAUCCAUCGAUCACAUGUCCGCUGGCGGCGAAUCCUCUCCCGUACCAGUUACCGUUAACGGAUUAAUUACUUCCAAAAUGGAGGACGUCAAGACUGAAGUCCUGCAGCACUAUUCACCGCUUCCGGCCGAACCGCCAAGGCAAACGGUACUGAUGUGGGCGCUCAAUCAUACGCCUCAGUCGUCCGUCAGCAGCGGUAGAUCGCCUACCGAAAACAGCUCCAACGCCAGCACGCCGCCGGUACUCAUCAACGGCUCGGCAGCCGCCACGUCGUCCAGUCAAUACAUAGCCGCCGUUGCCGCAGCCGCUUCCAGAGAUAAUACCAAAAAAUACGUCACCAGUGAUCCGCUCAAAUCGUUGGCUGAAAUGAACACGAUGCCGGUCGCCAAAUGGAAGACCGAGCCGCCGCCCAGUCCGAAGGCCUACUAUCAUCAUCAGUACACCAACGAUGGUGGCACCGCACCAGAGGUAUGGCCACCACCACAUCAUCAGUUCUAUCCUUAUCACCACCAUCACCACAGUUGCGAGGUCGGGAAUGGUCGCAGAAUGCGGCUAUCCUCAGAUAAAUCGGACGGGAGUCCUUUGUUGUCCAUCUCGGAGGUGACGAACACGUUGUUAAAUCAAUGACUAGAAAAUCCGGCGGCAGUUCCAACAGCCUUUUCGUCACCGGAGCCUAUUUUUACAUUUAUCUAGUCGUUCUUGCGUAAGUUUUAACGGUAGCAAAAUAAUUUUACCUUGUUGUGUACAUUAUUUUGUUUUUUUUCUUUUUUUAUUUAAAAUUUUAUUUCUUUUUCAAAUUUUUUUUGUGUUCUUAGUGUAAUUUAUUUUGUAACGAAAAAUUUGAUAUCAGCGUUGUCAUUUUAACUAAACGAUUGAGCUGCCUAAAAACAUUACAGUUCGAAUUUAACCGAGUAAAUGACAAAUUAUAUGGGCAAAAAUUACACACGAAUUAACGUACCUACCUACAUCUCGUACAGUUGGUAAUUUAUCAGAUUUUUGUAAAUUUUUUUAAAAUUGUUUUUUUUUCUUUUGUUUUGUUGUACUUUACUUUUUUCAGCUCAAAUCGCCUUUGUUUAAUGCUUAAAAGCUAUUUUUAACGUAUUAUCUAGUCAAGUUUCUUCUGUUUGAUGUACAAUUUUUUUUUACUCGAGUAGGUGUUUGGCAAAAGCAAAACAUGAUGGAAAAAAAGUCGCUUGUAUAAAAAUUUACCUAACCUAACCUGCAAUUAAAGGGGUAUAGUUUGACGGAAAUUCAGCCAUGUUUCGUUAUAUUUAUCACCUUUGUAAACGUGUGAUUAAAAUAACUACCUUUGAAAAAAAAAUAUUAUCGACAAUUUAGACGAGGGAAUUCCUCAUUUCACAUUUGAUCGCUUUGAUAGGCUAAAGUAAUAGUGUAAAAUUCAAACUUGGAUUAUUUAUUUUGGGAUUUAGUUUAAAUUGAAAUAAGCUCUUUCAUCUUAAUAAUAAUUCGUAUUUAUUUUUCAUUUUGAAAAUUUUAUUUAUUUGUUGUUUUUUUUCUCAUUUUUUAUUCUGUGAUAUGUUAAGUUUUUUUUUCUUUUUGGUACUCUUCGAUACAUAUCAAAUUUUCGGUUGUAGUAAAAAAAAGUUUAAUGGAAAAGUACGAUCUGUAUUCAAUUAUACGUACGUGUAUAUAGGUAUUAUCUUUUUUUUUAUUAUUUACAAUUCAUAAAAAAUACCGAAUGAUUAUACAAGCUGUUUUAAGAUCUAUCAACUCAUAGUGCGCGGUUGCUCAUAUUUAUUCUUAAAUACCUACCUGUAAAUUGGUGUCAAAAACUGCUCAUUGUGAUACCUACCUACCUAUUUUUGCGUGUAAAAUGCAGCGUGUGUCUGUGUACUUACUGGAGGUACCCUUAUUAACUAUGUAAUUGUAAAGGUAGGUGAUAAGGGUGCUGGCGAUGUUGUUGCGCAUCCUGUAAGUUUUCUUAUGGGUUGUAACCUCGAUCAUGUGUGGAUUCAAACUUACUCGUGUAAUAUAUAAAACUAUAUAGAUGAAAUUUCGUACAAAAUAAAAAUUUCCCAUCAUUUUCA